GAGAAAAUGAAAAAGAUUACAGAAUUCACUUAUUCAAUGGAAAAAAAACUUAAUUCAAACUACUUUGAAGAUUGCAAAAUGGUAUCUGAGCAAAUGGCCUCAGGUUGCUCUAUUUCUGAAUAUUACUGGUGUCUCAAUAGAAAUAAAUUAACCCCAAAUGCUAAAUAUAUGAAUCUCGGUUUAGUUAAAGGAAAAGUUGUUCGUAUGUGUGAUAACUCCAAUGAUUUUACACCAGAAAAAUUAGAAGAAGCUUUUAAUCAAUUGAUUAAAGAAGAAAAUUAAAUAAAUAAAAUAAAAUGCAUUUGCAGUAUUUU